ACGCCGGUCCGGUGGGAUGUCGUCUUUGAGUACAGAUACCGCUUAGCAAUAUCCUCUUUGGGUAGAUAUUUAAUUGCGGAUUGGAUAAUCAUGAACUUGCGUCGAAUACAUUGGCAGGUGGCCAUUUCGUGGCAACUCAGAUCAAUUAGCUCUGGGAUUGCAUAUAAAUAGCCCUAACCUCUGGGCUCUCAAUUGUAACAUGAAAAAACAAAUCAACUCGUCCCUCAUCUUCAAUUUCGAUAUCAAUUGAUAUUCACUGUGUCUUGAACCAAUUCAUUGUCAUGUCAGCUAUAAAGAACGUCACGGUUGUCGGUGGAUCUGGCCGCUUGGGGGCCUUCAUUCUGGAGAAGCUUCUCGCAUCUAAACAAUUCAAUGUUCAAAUCCUCAAACGUGCUGGAUCGUCAACCACCUCGACUGCAGGCACAAAGUUAGUAGAAGCUGACUUCGCCGAUAUUGAGUCCUUGACGACCGCGUUUAAAGGCCAAGAUGCUGUCGUGUCUGUUGUUGGCGAUGCUGGUGUCCUCAGCCAGAAGCCCAUGGUCGAUGCCGCCAUCGCUGCUGGAGUUAAACGUUUUCUACCUUCCAACUUCGGCUCUAACAUGACCAAUCCCAACUCUCGCGCACUCCCAGUGUUCGCAGCGAAGGUGGCAGUCGAGGAUUAUCUCAUUGAAAAGUCGAAAACCACGGAUUUGACAUACUCGUUUGUAUAUAUCGGAGGUUUCACGGAUUUUACCCUGAAACACAAGGUUAUCAUGGAUUUUUCCAAAUACCAGCCCGCAAUAUUUUACGACGGAGACUUCCAAUUUAGCACCACCAGCAUGCCAACUGUUGGAGACGCCGUGGUUGGCGUCCUGACACACCCAGUGGAAACCCAGAACCGACCAGUUUACGUGUCUGAGAUCAUCGUUUCUCAAAACCAGCUUCUCUCCUUGGCGAAAAAAAUCGCCCCAAGUAAGCCAUGGGCUCCAGUAGCCGUGGACUUGGAUGCGCUGGUAGCGGAUGCAAAAGAACGUUUUAUCCAGGGUCAACAUGAUUUGCCAACUGCUAUACCUAUUUUGCUCAAAUCAAUCGUGAACCCGGAGUUUGGAGGGAAGUUUACUGAGAACGACAACGAGCUAUUGAGUAUCAAGGGUAAAACGGAGGAAUAUCUGGUUGAGCUGAUAACUCCAUUGCUUGAUUAGGGAAUAGGAUUGUAGCUUUUUGAAGACUCGCGCCGAUUAAUCUGGAUAGAAUUGUACUAUUUAUUGAGUCCUCAAAUAGAUACACGUACGUGCAGGUUUAUAUGGGAUAUUCAGAAGCUCAAGUAAACCAAGAGAAGAACAGUUAUCCUUCUAAAUAAAGCCGAUAGUUCUCAACACAUCAAAUAUUGUAAUACCUGUAUUAAUUGAUGAUUGAGAUAUAGGGUACUGAGUUUGAAUAUUAAUAGGAC